AUGGGAGAUAUAAAUUAUUACGAAUCGAGAUUAAGAAAGGAUAACAAAAUAGAGUAUGUUGAUAAUAUAUUUUUAUCAAAGUAUAUGUUAAAUAAUAUAGAAAAUGCUAUGCAAUAUUUUUACACUUGCCCUUUUUAUACAUCAAGGAGUAAAAUGUGCUUGAAUGAAAAAAUAAGAACAGGAAAAAUUAUAAAUGAUGAUGAUGAAGGAUAUAUAUUUAAUAUUGCAUAUGAUAAUUUGAACAUUUUAAAAGAGAAUGAACCAAGUGAUAUUGUAUCUAAGCAUAUAUAUUAUAAUACGAAUAGUAUAUUUCAUGUAUCUUUAAGUCAGAAGUAUAGAUUGAAUAAUAUGAAUUGUACUAAAGUUAUUCAAUUUUUCUGUAUUGUUAAUGGGAAAAUAUAUAGUACUUUAUCAUUUGGUGAGUUGUUAACAAAUAAAAUAAAUAAUAUUGUUAGAAAUAUUAAUAAUUUAUUCGACUCAGUUAAUAAUAUGACUAAUUUCAAUAUAUCGUCCAAUUAUUAUUUUAAAUCGAAGGAUGAGAAAUAUACAGACGGUCUUAAUGAAAAAGAUAAACUGAAUGAUAUGUAUAUAACAACGAGAAAAAGAAAAAAAAGAUAA